CAAAAAAUAGCCAGACCCCGUUUUCUGCUAUGGCCUUGUUAGCCGACUACUGAUCCAAUCACCAUUCACCCAUACAGCAGCAUACCGAGUACAAGUGUUAAUAUCUUAGGGAUGGAACAAGAACAGAAUGGAUCACAGUUGUCCCCCAGUGUUAGUUCAACUACUCAACAAAGCUCUGAAAACAUUGUUGCUGUGUUUGUAGCAAGAUUUGACGUCCACCGAGGAAACGUUAUUGAAUGGCAAUACCCAGCAGAUAUGAACUUAGAUGGAGUAGAAUAUCAAGCAAUUUGCAGCGGCCUUCAUAGUAUUUCAGAAGACACGAUAUACUUCAAAAAGGGAUCAAACUUUGGUAUUAGUGCGUUUGAAAACAAAGCAGUUAACGAGAACACUGAAGAACGUGGUGCUCGCAUGAUGGCGGUGGGCUGCUUGGUGACUCCGACACCAGAAACUGGUAGUUGCGGCCAAUUAUGGCAUCAUAUCGAUUUCCUCCGGAGCGAAGUCAAAAUAUUGAUCGAACAGCACGAAAUUACGAGCACUACUUAUGAUAACUUAAUUGAAUAUUACAAUAAUAACAGCCAAAAAGAACCGCAAAGCAACGACGGGCUACCAUCUAUAUCUACAGAAAGUCUUGACGUUCCGAACAUGACCAAGUUUGCAUCAUUAUCUUCCAUUGAUACGUCCAAAUUGCACCACCAAGCAUCUGCCGAUUUGAGCCAGUUCUCACCAUCCAUAUCAUCGUUAGCACACACCUUGACAAAUGACGAAACAGCACAGCAAAGUGUAAAUCACCAACUCUACAACGUCAUCCGUCAUCCGGCCGGCACGGAUGCAAAAAACAUGGAAUAUCUCCAGGUAGAAGAUUCCCAUCCUGCGCACGCUUUUCCAGAUUUCGUGCGAAUAUUGGGACCCAAUAUCUUUUUGCUAUGGAAAGCUGCCAUCCUCAAGAAGAGAAUUUUGAUAUUAACAUCCACACCUGUCGAAAAAGCUUGUCAAUUCGUGUACAAUACCUGCCUACUUGCCACAUUACCACGAUCUCACGAACUCACACUUACAUUGGAAGGCAAAUCGAAGCUACAGCCAUUGUUCUGUGUUGGCAUCAAUGAUAUCGAUGAAAUGGAAACAAUUGAAGGAGGAUAUGUCGCUUGUACGCCAGACAAGAUAUUUCAGCAAAAGCCACACUUGUUCGAUAUUCUAGUGACUCUACCAGAUCAAUCUGACGACGAAUCUAGUCAAGGAUUUAUUUUGGAAGGCAUUGGUUCGUCAUAUAGCUUACCGCAAUUAUCCCAUUCUCCACAUUUACGCAUUGAGUCAGUCGAUGGCGGACAAUUGAAAGUCAUGCGAUACACUCAAGCGAACUUUUUACGGUAUCGAAUUUUGAGAAUCAUGAUCAAGUCUAGAAUGAACCGGCUCAACAGAAGACUAUUGGAGACAACAACCUUUACCGACCUCUUUAGCGAGCCUGAUGAUGGCUAUGAUACAAAACUGGCGGAUCUUUUGGAUAGGAACAGUUCUUCAGAUACUUUAGGAGACACACUUGGAAAAUUUCUUCUUGGUGGAUGGUUCUGGUGGUAUGGUAGAGAUGAGGAACGUCCAGCUCGAUUUCGGUCUUGGCAACAAGCUUUUGUGGGUAACCGGAUAAAACGACGGAAGCAAGAUCGUCUUACACGAGAAGAGCGAACAAGGCUGCUAUUUGGAGGCGACGAGUUGCAGGAUGACGAAGAGGAUGCUCCGUUAAUAACGGAAUCCAACAUCAUGGCAACGCUAGCUGGCAAUUCCCAGACUAUCAUCCGAGUCGAAUCGGAUACUGUCGAUGUGGAAGACAACAAGCAUUGGCUUGAAAUAGAGUUGAUCCGGUUCUUCCAUGUUCUAUCUUUGCAAGUGUUACUACACCUUCAAACUAAGUUGAAGGAUCAUCAAGACGAAGACGAUGUGUAUUCAAGUAGCUAGUCGUUCUUAUUGCAGCCAAUGCGUAUGCUGCCAGCAGACUCGAAGGCUUCAAAUCUAAAGAGAAGUGGAGGCGGAGAAUAAAAUGAAUGCGUAUAUGCUGUAUGCCGUGGG